ACUGUAUGCGAUUCCCAACGUUUAUAUAGACACUGUUAUCUAUAAACAAAGUUCAAAUCAUAUGUAUGUUAUGUACAUGCCAGUAAAAACUCAAUUUCCACAGCUUAUUCAGUUUCGUUACUUCUAGCGCCAUCUAUUAACUAUAUAACCUACUGCUAAUUUUAGAAUUUGUUAAAAAUAAAUAACUACGUAAUUUAAUCGUUUAUUGUAUAAGUUUGAACAAAUAUUCAAUUUCGACCUUUAUUCGUUAACGUAUAAAUAUGUUUUCUAAUAUUUAUCUACCGAUAUUUUUAAAAAGAUAACAGAGGACACUACUCUACUUAAAAUGGCUGGAAGAAAAAGGGUGCUAGAUUUACUUCAAUCUGUUGCUUCAAAUUCUUGUAAAUGUCCCGCUCACUCUACUCAUGGAUAUAUUCAACUCAGUUCUAAUGCAUUACCGUCUAAAGAUUACGCGUUUGAAAUGGCGUCGUCCACUAUCAGAUAUGGAAAGGGUGUUACUAGAGAAGUUGGGAUGGAUGUUGCAAAUAUGGGAGCAAAAAAUGUUUGCGUUGUGACAGAUCCGUAUCUGUCAAACUUAUAUCCCGUGAAAACCACUCUAGAUUCUCUUACUAAAAAUAAUGUUCCUUUUGACAUAUAUAACAAAACUAGGGUAGAACCUACUGAUAAAAGUAUGACGGAUGCUAUAAAUUUUGUUAGAGGAAAAAAUUUUGAUGCUUUCAUAGCAGUUGGGGGAGGUUCUACAAUAGACACGUGUAAAGUAGCUAAUCUAUAUUCUUGUGACUUGGAAGCUCAAUUAUUAGAUUAUGUGAAUGCUCCCAUUGGAAAAGGAAAGCCUAUAAAUAGGCAACUAAAACCACUUAUAGCAAUUCCUACUACUGCUGGUACUGGAAGUGAGACAACAGGUGUAGCAAUUUUUGAUUAUAAACCUCUUCAAGCAAAAACUGGUAUUUCACAUAGAUUAUUGAGACCAACAAUGGGUAUAAUAGAUCCUUUACAUACAUUAACUUCACCAGAAAGAGUCACAGCUUAUGCAGGAUUUGAUGUAUUUUGCCAUGCUUUAGAAUCUUUCACGGCUAUACCUUACAACGAAAGAUCUCCUUGUCCUCAAAACCCAAAAGAAAGACCUACUUAUAAUGGAAGUAAUCCAGUGUCUGAUGUUUGGGCUAGAUUCGCCUUAAAUAUUAUUAGAAAAUUCUUUGAAAGGGCAGUGUAUCAACAAGAUGAUUUAGAAGCAAAGUCUCAAAUGAUUUUAGCUUCUACAAUGGCUGGUGUAGGUUUUGGGAAUGCAGGAGUGCAUUUACCUCAUGGUUUGUCUUACCCAAUAUCAGGAAAUGUUAAAAAAUUCAUACCUAAGGAUUACGAUAACAAUCAUGCAAUAAUUCCCCAUGGAUUAUCCGUAGUGAUUACAGCUCCUGCAGUCUUUGAAUUUACAUCUUCUGCUUGUCCAGAAAAACAUCUGGAAGCUGCAGAAAUACUUGGUACUGACAUUAGAAAUGCGAAAAAACAAGAUGCCGGAGCGAUAUUGUCGGAUACCGUGAAAAAAUAUAUGCAAACCAUGAAAAUUGAGAACGGUUUACAUGAAUUAGGAUUUAUUAAAGAGGAUAUACCACAAUUAGUAAAAGGUGUUAUUCCACAGAAACGAAUAAUCAAUAUGGCACCAAAAGAACACACAGAAGAAGAUUUAACAAACUUACUUGAAAAAUCUAUGAGUGUAUAUUAAACAAAAUAAAAAAAAAAUGUUGAUAUUGAAUAGAAAUUUCUUCAGAAUUUUUCUUAAGCCCGAUCCAGACUCUCCACGAGUACGAGAGUGUAAACACUGCACUCAUGUCUUCUUGCCUCGCCUCCCUGUCGUUCUACUUAGUGCGUUUUCCAGUUGAAGUUGAGUUGAAAUAUAAGAAAAAUCUGAAAAAAAAGAUUUAAAUAUAUCCGUUUCCGUUAUAAACGUUAUUUGAGUCACGUUUAUUUUGUAGUAGACAUAGCAAGUAACUCAAAAAAUCGAGAGUGUGGAUUGCUAGUACUUCUACCGUCUCUAUUUGCCAAAAAAUCAUGCCAAAGCAUACAGCGCUUCCGAAAAUCAUAAGUACAUGUUUUUAACUGCCCGCUUUAUUUGCAAUCUCUAACAAUUAUUACAAUUUCUGUGACAAUACAAUAGAAAUUGACAUUAUCGAAAGAAAUUCAUUGAUUAAUUUCUCUUACAGCUAUAAUUAAUAACUAGUUUAGGUGUGGCUAUUGGAAACACAGUAACACUCGUUAAAACCUACUAAUUAGAUCGUAUGGAAUAUGUUUUUUUGGAGUCUACGCUGAACUGUUGGUUGCAGGUUAGAUACCAAUCUGUUUGGGCGGAGGCUUAACUUAUUUUUAUAGCUUAUGGAUUUGAUAAGUUUUUUAUUCCCACCUUAACCGUUGGCACAUGGAGGUCACGAGUUAUGACAAAGACUACGAUAAUUCGUAGGACCAAUUGGAAUCGCUCCAGAAUUUCAAUAUUGAAGUUGAGUGCUGAUCCCCACAAUGGGACUCCGUAGGUCAAUGUGGGUUUGAGUAUUGGGUGUAAAUCAGAUAAUUGGGAUUUCCUACCUAUCAGCCACUAUAAAUCCCUUAGUUUUCGUUGGAUGUGUUUUCUCCAGGUUUAUCGCUAGUCCAGGUGCUUGCCAAGAUAUUUACAUCAGCACGUUGUGGUAGGGCUUGAUUGUUCUGGGCAUUUGCCUUUGCGGUUGGUGAAGAUUAUCUGAACUGAUUUCAAUUCUUUUUCUUCAAUGCGCAAUUUCUUCAGCCAUUUUUUUGUCUUGUUGAGAUGGAGCUGUAAUGUAUUUGAUGCAAUUAUAGGAUCUAUAUGUUAUGCUAGUAUGGCGGUGUCAUUUGCAGAUGAGUACACAAGUGUCAGAGAUUUAAUCUAAUACAGAUCUAUAGUGUUAAUAAUUUAUUAUGUCACCAUAUAACGAUGAACAAUGCAAAUACUAGUUUAUGGUAGGGAGUUAUCACUAAUGAAGUCAUUCCUUGGAGUUACUGUAAAGACCUUCAAGAAUGGUCGUUCAAGGGGGUGCGUCUUUUUUUUCCCUGUCAGUUGUAAAUUCACCUGAAAUUCACAUUUUGGCACCUCAGAUUCCACACGACAAAAAACCAAGAAUUGGGAAUUUGUAGAGGAUCGAGGAUAUUGAAAAUAUCGAAGGUAUGAUUCCAAAAAAUUAUACAGGAAGAUUUCAGUCCAUGUUUACCGUGUUUAUCCACUGAAUUCAUUGAAAACAUAGUCACCUAUAAUUGAAAUUGUAUUUUCACGUCAGUAAAAUGUAGUUUGUUAUUCAAAAUGAUUAAGAUUAAAAACGAAGUAAUUUCCUUACUAUAAUUAGAAAUAGAAUUUUUUAAGAAGAAAUGGAUAGGAAAAGUUUUGGUGUUAAUAAAACUCGAUUUUGAAAAAUCAAAUUUACUGAGUAUUCAAUAAACUGUUUUAAUACUUCACAAUAUCUACAGUAAACUGUCUAUAAUUACAGAAAAUUUACGUACAUCAAAAGCCAUAUUUUUCCAGUAGCAUGUUUGUGCACUGAUACUAGUGAUAAUACUGCAAAAUGAAAAUUUUAUAUUUUUAAAUGAUUUCAAAAUGAAUAAUUCAAACCCAGUCCUUCACAAACUGUUUUUGCGAGAUAAAAAUGUUUAUAUUAAACAAUGACUUAGAUUCUGUUUUAGGAUAUUAUAGAAUUUCUGAAAUUUAUUAUAUUUUCUAAUAAUUAAUUAGAACUAUUCUUUUUGAAACAUUUUUUGUAGUUUAUAGUAUUGAGCAAUCUAACGGAUGGUCAAAAUCAGCUGAUGCUCAUUUAAAAAUAACGGACGUGGGGUAAACAAAUGCUUUUGCCGUAAGUUGGAUUUAUAAAGAGUUGCUACUUGAAGGGUGCAUUCUUCUAAGCACAACAAUCAUGACCACGAUCUUUCCCGCCCCAAUUAGUCCAGAGCGUUAUAGUGGUAAACUCAAGUGGAAUGAAUUACGAGGUGUUUUGACUGUUGACGAAUAACAAAACAGAAAAAAGAAAA